AUGAUCCUCUUGUCGUUUUGGUUUUGGAUGGAAGUGCUAUUCGAAUUUUUCUGGAUGAUGAAGAUGAUUUUGCAAUGUUGGCGGAAAACCUCUUCACUGAACUGGAUGUUGAUGACAAAGGAAAGCUUAGUAAGGAUGAGAUACAGAAUGCUCUUGUUCACAUGGGGGUCGAAAUGGGAGUUCCUCCUUUUCCAGAAUCCAGUGAUCUUCUUAAGAACAUUUUAAAGAAACAUGGAGCUGAGGGGGGAGAACAACUGGGCCAGGCUCAAUUUGCACAAUUACUUCAAGCCAUUCUACAAGAUCUUGCUGAUGCUUUGGCUAAAAAGAAUGUAACUUUUAUCCAAAAUAUUAAGGUUUUUAAUGGUUCAAAGUUAAAAAAGGUUCUGGCUGAUAAGGAUCUAUUUGACAACGAGAUCGAGGGUUUGUUCCAGGAUUGGAUUGAUUACACUAGUGAAGGAAACAAGGAAACAUUGCAAGGGUUUUUUGAGGCAAAAGGACCUAAGUUGGGCCUGCCUCCAUCUGAAUCUAAUGAAGCAGUUCUUCUUUUUUAUGAACAAAUUUUCUCAGCGAUCAAUGAUGUUACUGGAGAUUUGACAAGAGAUUCAUUCCAAGAGGUGGUGAAAAAUAUCCUUGAGAAAUUUGUGGAACAACUUGAAGCUAACCCCUUGUUCACUGAUAUGGAGAGUGGAGGCAUUUGAUUGAGGGGGUCACUGAACAAAUGGUAAUGUUAAUUCUAUGCUCAAUGAAUGUUCUUACAACCCUCGUCAUCCGUGAAGCAUGAGAGCUGACACACUGCCUCCUCAAGUUAUUAAGAUUUGUAUCAAGUUUAGGACAAGUUUCGAUGAAGGACAUCAACUUCUGAGCCUUUCAUUCUCGUAUCUCUAGGAUAUUCUAGCCUACAAGCUAUAACCUAGAACCUCAAAAAUUCUAAGACAUCGAAGUAGUAUUGAGGUUUGACUUCUCUACUAAUAAGAAGUGCAGAUUCUCUGAGAAGAAAGAACUAAACUUGUAUCUAGCUGGUUCGCUUGAAGCUUUCCUGGGACUGGAGCCAGCCGUUGGAACUACAUGAGGGAGAGUAGGUGACCCUCUAUUCCACUUGAAUCCUGAUAUUGAAUAUAGAAUCUGUUGAAGAUUAAGUGGAGCAUAUCAGUCAUCUCAGAAUGCUAGAAGUAGCAUUAUUCUGCUACAUGACCAUGUUUACAUCCCACUUUUAAAUCUCCCAGCACCGGCUGCUAGAGUCAUAUCUGUUACCUAAUUAUGGAGACAAGAUUUCUGUGUCUUUAAUUUAAAAUCAUCAAUUUUU